UUAAGACAGAUGAAGAAAGACAAAAGGAUAUCAUUUCUCUUCUUCCUUGUUUGAUUCUUUCCCAUUUUCCUGGAUUUUUUACACAAGUUUGGAGAGCUUGUUGCAACCUGAUAAGCUGAGAAAGGAGUUUACUCCAACAAUGGGUCUCAAGAAGCUACUAGUAGCUCUCUGUUGUUUGGCUUUGAUAAGCCCUUUUCUUUUUCCAUCCACUGAAGCCUUGAUGAGAAUGGCUUUAAAGAGGCGUGCUCUUGACUGUGAUACUUUAAAUGCAAUGAGAAUUGGAAGGAAGUUGGAAUUGGAUCGAGAAGCUAGGAAUCCACUUCAAUCUCGUUAUGGCAGUCCAGAUCCAGACGUUGUAUAUUUGAAGGAUUACUUGGGUGCUCAAUACUACGGAGAGAUUAGUAUUGGUACACCUCCACAAAAAUUUUCUGUGAUAUUUGAUACAGGAAGUUCUAAUCUUUGGGUUCCAUCAUCGAAGUGCUUGUUCUCUAUUCCUUGCUAUUUCCAUUCCAAGUACAGUGCUAGGAAGUCAAAGACAUACACUGCCAUUGGUAAAUCUUGCCAUAUUAAGUAUGGUUCGGGUUCUAUCUCUGGUUUCUUCAGUCAGGAUGAUGUACAAGUUGGAGACCAACUUGUUAAGGAUCAGAUUUUCAUAGAGGCAACUAGAGAAGGAAGUAUCUCCUUUCUACUUGCAAAAUUUGAUGGCAUUUUUGGACUCGGGUUUCAAGAAAUUUCAGUUGGAAAUGCUACUCCUGUAUGGUAUAAUAUGGUGGAACAAGAACUUGUAAAAGACCCAGUUUUCUCAUUCUGGCUCAAUAGAGACACAACAGCAGAAGUUGGCGGGGAAUUAGUCUUUGGAGGAGUUGAUGAGAAACAUUACAAGGGAAAGCAUACUUAUGUGACAUUAACUGAGAAAGGUUACUGGCAGUUUGAUAUGGGAGAUUUCUUGAUUGGAAACUACUCAACAGGUUUCUGUGAUGGGGGCUGUGCUGCUAUUGUAGACUCAGGAACAUCACUACUUGCAGGACCAACGCAUGUCGUUACUGAAAUCAACCAUGCCAUUGGGGCUGAAGGUGUUAUAAGCAACGAAUGCAAAGACAUUGUUGCUCAGUAUGGAGAUAUGAUUUGGGAUCUUUUGGUUGCAGGGGUAGAUCCAAAUAAAGUAUGCUCUCAGCUUAACCUGUGCACCGUGCAAAACAGUGCUGGUAUUGAAUCAGUUGUAGAAAGAGAGAACGAGAAGGAUGUCUCAAGUUUAAAUCCCUUAUUCUGCACUGCAUGUCAGAUGACUGUGGUUUGGAUUCGGAACCAAUUGAGAGAAGAAGUGACCAAGGAGUCUGUACUCAACUAUGUGAACAAGCUUUGCAAUAGCCUGCCAAGUCCAAACCAAGAAUCAGUUAUCGACUGCGACAGCAUCCCUCUCUUGCCAAAUGUGACGUUCACAAUUGCUAAUAAAGCUUUCAACCUAACCCCUGAACAGUACAUCAUGAAAACCGGAGAAGGUUUUGCAACUGUCUGUCUUAGCGGAUUCAUGGCAUUUGAUGUGGCUCCUCCUAGGGGUCCUCUGUGGAUCCUUGGAGAUAUUUUCAUGGGAGCUUAUCACACUGUCUUUGACUACGGUAAUCUUCAGUUAGGUUUCGCUGAAGCUGCUUGAUUGGCUUACCGAAUCCCUGCUUGUCCCAUGUUAUUAUAGCUGUGUAAUAGUUCUAGUGGUUGUUUAGAUGUUGUAAACUGAGGAUGGGAGAAUACAGCACUUCUAGUGAUUAUGUGCUGCUAGUGUUCUGCACCCUUUUAUGUAACAUAAAUCAAUGCAGUUUGAUGUAAAUUUAGCUGCUGACACCAAUAAAUGGCACCUGUUAUCAUAAGUCGCUGCUCAUUUUUUCUGAGCCAAAAAAGGUUAUAUGUUGGUUUCACCCGAGCAGGAGCGCUGAAGCGUGCCCCUAUCGCCUUAAUGUGUUCUUCGCCUACACAUUUCUGAAGGCAAGAUUCUAAAGUAUAAACUGAUCCUUGUAUAAUGUUCUAAACAUUCAAAUAUUGUUUUAGCUAUUUUAUUAGAUAUAAAGAUUAAGUUGUGCA